CGGGGUCCUCGCCCCUCGCCUCUGACCCCAGGAACAGUCACUUGCCUUGGCCUCAGCCUCGGGCGCCGCCCGCCAGCAGCCGGCGAGCUCGCAGCGGCCAGCCGACGUCUGAGGGGCGCCGAGGGGUCCUCCCUCUCCCCGGCAGCCCCCGGCGCAGUGCAGUCUGGGGGAACAUGGCCGCUUCCGGUCUGCCUCCCGGACCGGCGCGGGCCUGACCGCGGCCCUAGUCCGGCGCACUCCGCCCUCCGCUCCUCCCGCCCGGCAGCCGCCGAGGUCCAGAGAGUCCUUCCCUCCUGCGACCGCCGCCGCGCCAUGGAGAAGAGCUCGAGCUGCGAGAGUCUCGGCUCCCAGCGGGCGGUGGCUCGGCCGCCCAGCGUGGACUCCCUAUCCAGUUAAUGUGUUAAGAGCCAUUGACAUUUGAAGAUCAUCAGAACUGAAGAUAAAACAUCUCAAAAAUUAUAAUUGCCUCUACUUCUCAGUCGGAGCAUUCAGUGCAUACAAAAUCAGCUUCUGUUGUGUCAUCAGAUUCCAUGUCAACUUCUGCAGAAAACUUCUCUCCUGACUUGAAGGUCCUGAGGGAGUCUAACAAAUUGGCAGAAAUGGAAGAACCACCGCUGCUUCCAGGAGAAAAUAUUAAAGACAUGGCCAAAGAUGUAACCUAUAUAUGUCCAUUCACUGGUGCUGUACGAGGAACUCUGACUGUCACGAAUUACAGAUUAUAUUUCAAAAGCAUGGAACGGGAUCCCCCAUUUGUUUUAGAUGCUUCUCUUGGUGUAAUAAAUAGAGUAGAAAAAAUUGGUGGUGCUUCUAGUCGAGGUGAAAAUUCGUAUGGACUGGAAACUGUGUGCAAGGAUAUUAGGAAUUUACGAUUCGCUCAUAAGCCUGAGGGGCGAACAAGAAGAUCUAUAUUUGAGAAUCUAAUGAAAUAUGCAUUUCCUGUCUCUAAUAACCUGCCUCUUUUUGCUUUUGAAUACAAAGAAAUGUUCCCUGAGAAUGGAUGGAAGCUUUAUGAACCUGCUUUAGAAUACAGAAGGCAGGGAAUUCCAAAUGAAAGCUGGAGAGUGACCAAGAUAAAUGAAAGAUAUGAACUUUGUGAUACAUACCCUGCUCUUUUGGUUGUGCCAGCAAAUAUUCCCGAUGAAGAAUUAAAGAGAGUGGCAUCCUUUAGGUCCAGGGGCCGGAUCCCAGUUUUAUCAUGGAUUCAUCCUGAAAGUCAAGCCACAAUCACAAGAUGUAGCCAGCCUAUGGUAGGAGUGAGUGGAAAGAGAAGCAAAGAAGAUGAAAAAUACCUGCAAGCCAUCAUGGAUUCCAAUGCCCAGUCUCACAAAAUCUUUAUAUUUGAUGCACGGCCAAGUGUUAAUGCUGUUGCUAAUAAGGCCAAAGGUGGAGGUUAUGAAAGUGAAGAUGCUUAUCAAAGUGCAGAACUAGUUUUUCUGGAUAUCCACAAUAUUCAUGUGAUGAGAGAAUCGUUGCGGAAACUCAAGGAGAUUGUGUACCCCAAUAUUGAGGAAACUCACUGGUUGUCUAACUUGGAAUCCACUCACUGGUUGGAACAUAUUAAGCUUAUUCUUGCAGGGGCUCUUAGGAUUGCUGACAAGGUAGAGUCAGGGAAGACUUCCGUCGUCGUACACUGCAGUGAUGGUUGGGACCGCACAGCUCAGCUAACAUCCCUAGCCAUGCUCAUGUUGGAUGGAUACUACCGGACCAUAAGAGGCUUUGAAGUCCUUGUGGAGAAAGAAUGGCUAAGUUUUGGACAUCGAUUUCAAUUAAGAGUUGGCCAUGGAGAUAAGAACCAUGCAGAUGCAGACAGAUCGCCUGUUUUUCUGCAGUUUAUCGACUGUGUCUGGCAAAUGACGCGACAGUUUCCUACCGCAUUUGAAUUCAAUGAGUAUUUUCUUAUUACCAUUUUGGACCACCUCUACAGCUGUUUAUUUGGAACAUUCCUCUGUAACAGCGAACAGCAGAGAGUAAAAGAGAAUCUUCCUAGAAGGACUGUGUCACUGUGGUCUUACAUAAAUAGCCAGCUGGAAGACUUCACUAAUCCUUUGUAUGGGAGCUAUUCCAAUCAUGUCCUUUAUCCAGUAGCCAGCAUGCGCCACCUGGAGCUCUGGGUGGGAUACUACAUAAGGUGGAAUCCAAGGAUGAAACCGCAGGAACCUAUUCAUAACAGAUACAAAGAACUUCUUGCUAAAAGAGCAGAGCUUCAGAGAAAGGUAGAGGAACUACAGAGAGAAAUUUCCAACCGAUCCACCUCAUCCUCAGAGCGAGCCAGCUCUCCAGCACAGUGUGUCACUCCUGUCCAAACGGUUGUGUGAAAGGACUGAGACUGGGGACAUGAUUGCUAUGAACUUGUUACAGUGGCAGCUUUAUGAGCAGAAAGUCUUCCAUGUUUAAAACACAUCUAUGAGAGAGUUUGGUUGCUUUUAUUUAUUCUCAAUCUCUCUUGGGUGAGUUUAGAACUGUAGCAGCAUAGCUAUGUGAAGCUAGAUAGAACACUAAUCUUUUAAAAGUUAAAGAUGUAAAUCCUGGAUUCAUGCUGGGAACUAUUUUCAAAUUUUAAGAAGGAAGAUGCUAUCUUAAUAAAACUACUUUAGAAAAAUA